UGUGUCUCUGGAGCUAUAUGCAUUACAUAUAUUACGUGAAAAGUUAAGAAAGCUGUAUCGUAGUUACACACUCUUCAAAUUCUACCAUUUUAACUCACGGGGAAAUCGUCGCAGUGUCGACAACUUGUAUUACAUGUGGUUGAACCUUGGAAGUCAGUUAGCAAAGGGAAGGACAAUGCUUUGAAACAAAACACAUGUAGUGAAUAGUGAACAUUACACUACAGUUUUAAAUCCGGCUAUAUUAUACAUAGGUUAUGCGAAGAUAAUUGAUUUCAGCAUGCGCUACAAAAGUGGUUUGUGAGUCGUAAGUGGAAAGAAAGUGCCUGGAAGAUCAGCAAUGGCUAGCAGUAAUCCCUGGAGUCAGAGUUCAAGAGGGCCCAGUUUUGCACAGAUUUUGAGAAAGAACAUCCCUGGUGAAACACUGGUGCAUAGUAUAGGAGCAAGCCAUUCAUAUUUUCCAUCUGCAGAUUAUUCAGAUCGUGAUUUAGGAGUGGAAAAAGUGACUCAAAUCACAGGUCAUAUUCCAGAGCCUUCUUUGUCUAAGGCCGUUGCUUCUGUUCCCAAUACUGCCCUCCCUCCAAAGAGGAUACCGCUUGACUUCAUAGAAAAGUACAAAAGAGCUGAAAUUAACCCAGUGUCUGCUUUGAAUCAGUUUGCUCAGAUGCAGCGGUUGCAGUAUGAAUUGAAGGAAACAGUGACACCUGGGAAUGUUAUCGGCUGUUACUUUGCAUUCUGUGCGGUGAUAGAUGGAUAUAAUUACAAGACUGGUGUGGGGCCAAAUAAAAAAGAAGCAAAGGCAAAUGCUGCCAAGUUGGCUCUUGAUGAACUACUGCAGUUAAAUGUUUCUGAAGGCAAAAUUCCAGUUCCAGAGGCAGCAGGGCCUCCUUUGUUGCCUGUUGAAUCGAACAUAAUUCCUGAGAAAAAUUACAUUUCUAAAGUACCUAGUGUGAGAACACAUUUGGAUGGAAAAAUUUUACAAUGUGUCAAGGUAACUUUUGGUAAUCUGGUUGAAAAGCACCCUGAAUAUGAAAGCUGUGGAAGUUCAUUAGCUGCAUUUGUAGUUGAAACAGUUGGACAGGUUUGUGAAGUUGUGGCUCUGGGUACAGGAGAGGUGCAAUUCAGUAAAAAUAUUCAGAUUGACGGACGGGUUGUUCAUGACUCCCAUGCUCUUGUCACUGCAAGACGUGCCCUGGUUAGAUACUUUUACAGACAGCUUCUGCUUUUCUUCAGUAAAAAUGUUGGCAUGAAAGAGAAAUCUAUAUUCUGCGUUGAACCCAAUUCAAAAUUACUAACACUGAAGCAGAAUACCAGUAUUCAUCUUUAUUUGAAUAAUUUGCCAAAAGGAGCUGCUCAAAUUAAGACACAGCUGUGUCUGAAACCACAUUCUUUAUCUGCAUUUGAGGCAAACCAGGAUGUGGGCCUUCAUGUUGUCAUUGGAGGCAAAGUUUAUCCUACUGUUUGUUGUCCUGCUCAAGUUGAUAAUGUUUGCAGUAUGUCAGCAAGUGACAAGCUCACCCGAUGGGAGGUUCUUGGUGUUCAAGGUGCCCUGCUGAGUCAUUUCAUCCAACCUGUUUACCUCAGUAGUAUUUUAAUAGGUAAUGCAUCUUGCUCGGAUACUAAAGGGCUAGAAAUAGCUGUCCAGCAGCGUGUUGAUGAUGCAUUAACAUCAAAGUUGCCAAUGUUUUUUCUAGUCAACAGACCUCACAUAGGCCUUGUGCCUUCUGUGUUUCCUGCAUGGGGAAGGUCUGAACUCAGAACACUCAGUCUCAACUGGACUCACGGGGAUGUUUCAUUUGAAGUUGUGAACGGUGAGGCUGGGAAGAUUACUGAAAGAUCACCAUUUAAAAGUGGUGCUUCAAUGGCAAGUCGUCUUUGUAAACUGGCAAUGUUAAACCGUUUCAGCUUACUUGCUAAGGAAACCAACAGAGAAGAUUUGCUGAAAGUUGCUACCUACCAUGAAGCAAAGAUGAUGUCCAUCUCAUAUGUAGAAGCUAAGUGUGUAUUUAAAUCCUACUUGGAGCAGAAAGGCUAUGGAUCUUGGAUUGUCAAAUCCCGGCGGAGUGACCAUUUCAGCUUGUGAUCACUUGCUUAUUAUUUUUUUUGUUUUAAAAAAAUCUACAAAGACGUUUGAGAUUGUUUUCUGGCUGUGCGGGAGCUUAGCUGUGCUUUCUGAUUAUAGUUAUAUUUUCUUUCCUUCUGACCUUUCAAUGAUAUGUAAAGGAGUGCUUUCAUUGUGUUACUUCUGUUUGUUUUUCCAUAUAGAACUUUUGCAACCUAUGUAUGUAUACCAUUUCCUUUCCUCCUUAUAAUUAAAAAAAAAAAUGGAACAAG